AUGGCCAGGUGGAGUUUGAAAGGCUGUCGGGCUCUGAAUGAACUACAGCAGCUAAGGGCGAGUCACGCGGGAACAAUACCUGCUGUGAGAGAGACAUUCAAUCCCAGGGAAAACUCUACAGUUAGAUCUUUCAAUGAGAUACCUGGUUUAUGGAAGAACAGCCUGGGUAGUCUCUAUGCAUUCUGGAAAAUGGAUGGCUUCAGGAAUAUUCAUCAGAUUAUGGUGCACAAUUUCAAUAAGUUUGGACCAAUUUACAGGGAAAAAAUCGGGUACUAUGAGAGUGUGAACAUUAUAUAUCCUGAAGAUGCAGCUAUCUUGUUCAGUGCUGAGGGUCAUUAUCCCAAAAGACUCACGGUGGAAGCUUGGACCUCCUAUAGGGACUUUCGGAACCGUAAAUAUGGUGUACUGCUCAAGGAUGGAGAGGACUGGAUAUCUAAUAGGAUCAUUCUAAACAGGGAGGUCAUCUCUCCAAAGGUGCUGGGGAACUUUGUACCUCUUCUGGAUGAGGUCGGGCAAGACUUUGUGGCUCGUGUCUAUAAAAAGAUUGAGAGGACUGGACAAAAUGAAUGGACUACAGAUCUGUCCCAUGAGCUCUUCAAGUAUGCACUCGAAUCUGUGGGUGCGGUGUUGUACGGGGAGCGUUUGGGCCUGCUGUUGGACUACAUUGAUCCAGAUGCACAACACUUCAUUGAUUGCAUCACUGUCAUGUUCAAGACUACCUCCCCCAUGCUGUACCUACCCCCAGCCCUGCUACGCAACCUGGGGGCCAAAAUCUGGAAAGACCAUGUAGAGGCCUGGGACGGCAUUUUUAACCAGGCGGACCGAUGUAUCCAGAAUAUCUACAGACAGUUGAGGAAAGCUCCUGAAGCCAAUGGGAAGUACCCCGGUGUGUUGGCCAGCCUUCUGAUGCUUGAUAAGCUGUCCAUCGAGGACAUAAAGGCCAGUGUCACAGAGCUGAUGGCUGGAGGGGUGGACACAACAUCUAUCACACUGCUGUGGACACUCUACGAGUUAGCCCGCUACCCAGACCUGCAGGAAGAGAUCAGGGCAGAAAUUUUCGCUGCUCGGGUGGCCUCUAAAGGAGACAUGCUGCAGAUGCUCAAAAUGGUUCCUCUGGUUAAAGGAGCCCUGAAGGAAACUCUGAGGUUACAUCCUGUGGCAGUGAGCCUGCAAAGAUACAUCACUAAAGACAUUGUUAUUCAAAAUUACCACAUUCCAGCUGGGACCUUAGUUCAGCUGGGACUCUAUGCUAUGGGUCGAGAUCAUCGGGUCUUCCCACAUCCAGAGCAGUACCGACCAUCUCGCUGGCUCAGAACCGAGAGAAACUACUUUAGGAGUCUGAGCUUUGGGUUCGGCCCACGCCAGUGUCUCGGUCGCAGGAUUGCAGAGACAGAAAUGCAGCUCUUCCUCAUUCAUAUGCUGGAGAACUUCAGAUUUGAGAAGCAGAGGCAGGUGGAGGUUAGGAGCACAUUUGAGCUGAUCAUACUCCCAGAGAAGCCCAUCACGCUAACCAUCAAACCACUGCAUGAAAGCAGAUAACAGAGCUU